AUGGCGGGACCUGUUCAAUCAGACGAUGUUCAAUCUGGUCGCGUCAAUCGAAUCAAGAAGACGAAAAAUAAAAGUGACGAUCGUCCGAUCGAGCCACUUGCUACGGUCCUUCGCCUGCAGAUGCAGAAACCGGACCCUGAGCUGGGACCAGUCUAUGGGAACCCGCCAGCUUGGUCAGAGAAGCGUCCAGAUCUCUGCGAUGCCCUUCCGUGGUUUCGUGCCACCCAAGGAGGCCUCUACCACCUCAAUGGUUUAUGCUGGGGCUUUCUCGUGGACUCUGACAGUGGUGAACGCACAUACAUUGACGAGGAGAUUAUCAUCACUCGAGUUGGCGGAGGUUGCACCAAGGACAAGGAGGGGAAUUUGACUCUUGUCAGAGACCAAGAUUUCAAAAAUGUCACUGUCAAAAGCCUCCUUAAUAACCAGCAGUUCAAAUUUCCUGUCGGUAUUGUGAUCGGCAACAAGAACAAAGAGCUCAAGCGCAAGCUCUCACAUCGCUACAAUGUCAUGGCUUAUUUCAAGGUCACUGAUGUCUGGUACGAAAGAGUAGGCGAGAAGACUGGUGUCAAAGUCCGCUUUGAGAAGCUUGACCUCUCGGAAAAGAGCUGGUGGGCAGCUCCGGGCUCUCCUAACCCGCCGCCCUUUGAAAAACGAGACUUUAGCACAAGGCCAGAGUCUAUCCAGUGCCAAUCGUGCCAUUGCAAGAGUACGCGCAUCUACAAUGAAGGGUGGAUGUGUCUACAACCAACCUGCACCGACUUCUGGUAUAUCAACCACAAUCGUCCAGUUGCUCUUACUUUCCACCCAGACUUUUUGAACGCUCGGUCUCGUCCGGACAGAUACAUGCGGCCCCACCACAGCCUUGUCCCUAAUCUUCUGGGAUCCAUCAGCGAGGACGAUCCCGAAGUGAGCUCCAUGCGUAUCGCAUGGAAGGCCAUUGUUUGCCCUCUGUGCUCAAAAUGCGUCCCUCGAAUGUUCUGGCGAGGCUGGAAAUGCACAGACGAUACCAUCACCGAUCCUCAGCACCAUUGUCCCUUCCAGAAGCUUUUCAACAUGCCCCCUGUGUCGAUUCGCUCGGUGGUGGAUGACUUCGACCUAGGGCCAAUCCAGCGGGCUCUCUAUUUCAACCCAAAAAGGGCGAUCCCAGAAAUUGAUGAUGAGUCCUUGUUCCCGUAUCGGAAGCUCACUUACCGCAUUCGAGGUGUUGGUUCCAUAACUCAUUUCGUGGCCAACCGAGCGAUCAAUUCUCAGCAUGGUGGCCCAAACGACAUAUUCACGGCUCUCCAGAGCGAAGAUCUCGGGCUGAGACGGUACCGUCUUCAGCAGAGUGUUGUUGCCGGAACCCUGACCGCUCACUUUGCGGUCAACUUUGGCAUGCCGUACAAGUACGUUGUUUCAGUGGACUCCAAAGGGUUUGACGAAGCCCCCGAUCCUGUCCUCCGAGCCCUGGGCCGUUUGACAUGGGCAACGGAGCAGGCCGUCACUAGCGCCGGGGGUUAUUUCUUUCCCCCGAAUGAACUGUUGACGCUGGGUUACUUUGAGGACAUGAAGAUCGGAUUUCACGACGACGGCGAGUCCUCUCUCGGCCCUACAAUCGCCACUCUCUCGCUCGGUGCACCCUCUACCAUGUCCAUCCGUAUGAAGUACAAAUACUAUCACGGGCUUACAAAAGUCAAGCAUCUUGUGGACAAUGAUCCUGUUCUGGAGGGUUGUAAAUAUGAAGAGAGACGACUGGACCUCAAGAAGCAAUUAGAUACCGGAGAGAUCUCACAGUCUCAUUACAGGGAGCAGCUCUACAACCUACUGGAGGUGGGCAUGACCGCGGGUGGAGAAGCACCUCCGAGGAUGAAACUGGAGCUCCAUAAUGGCGACCUGGUGGUGAUGCACGGAGAGGAUCUGCAGAGGUACUUUGAGCAUUCGGUUGUCCCAGAGAAGAAGAUGCGCUUUGCCCUGACGGCGAGAUAUAUCAAGCCCGACCACGUUAACGACAACGAGCUGUACAAAGGCCAGUUCACCCUCAGCCCCGACCAGAUCUAUAAUGGGCAGUGA